AGCAAGUGUGGGCCAAUGAGGCCCCGCCUGGGGGCGGGCGCCCGGCAGCUUCUCAGAAAUGAAAGUGGAAGUGGAGCAAGCAGCGGCGGCAGGGACUGGACCGGGCCUGGGACACCUAGGCUCCCGGGGCUAAGGGAGGCACCGGCCUUGCACUUGGAGCCUAAGCCAGCGCUGGAGACCAUGGAUGCGGUGAGCAGGCAGGCCCUCUCCGCCCUCCUGGAGGAACAGGCCAGGCUGAAGAGGAGGCUGCGGGAGCUUCAGCAGCUGAAAAGGAACACCAGGGUCACCCCCAGGCACAAGGUCCCGUUCCAAGUUCCUGAGGUCACCUUGGAGUUCCAGGGACGCACUGAGCAGGCCCAGGAUGUGGCCAAGCCCUCAGUCUCCAAGCUGCGUAUCUGCUGCCCCCUCUCAGGGGGCUCUGCCCUGGUGACCUUUGAUGACCCCAAAGUGGCCGCACAGGUGUUGCGGCAGGAGGUGCACCAGGUAAACCUGGAGGAGUGCCGCCUGCGGGUGCAGGUGCAGCCGCUGGAACUGCCCAUGGUGACCAGUGUGCAGGUGUCCAACGAGACCAGCAGGCAGCAUGUGCUGGUGAGUGGGCUGCUGGCAGGGCUGGCACUAGCCGAGGAGACACUGCUGGACAAGCUCGAGCUCUUCUUCAGCAAGCCCCGGCAUGGAGGGGGCGAAGUGGACACCCGAGAGCUGCUGCAGGGCGGUGCUGUGCUGGGCUUUGCUGACGUGGGAGUGGCCCAGCACCUCUGCCAGGUUGGCCAGUUCCGGGUGCCGCUAGGUAGCCAGGAGGUGCCACUGAGAGUCACCCCCUAUGUGAACGGAGUCAUCCAGAAGGCCGUGAUCCAGUGGCAGCCAGUGCCCAACACAGUGCUGGUGCUGGGCAUUGCCGACGUCCUGGAUGGCCCAGAGCUGCACGACGUCCUGGAGGUCCACUUCCAGAAGCCCACAUGCGGUGGCGGAGAGGUGGCGGCAGUGGCUGUGGUGCCGCCUGGGGAGCAGGGCCUGGCUGUGUUCACCUCGGAGUUGGGCUAGGGCUGGGGGCAGUAAAGUACAAUCCACACA